UUCUGAUUACUGGAAGCUUAUAUGCUUUGGAUUGUUUUGUUGUGCUAUGCCGGAUUUCUUGUGUAUUGGCAUUCUGUUCAUUAUUAUGCAUGAUCUGGUAAAUGACUUGGCCCCGAGUUGUGUCUGGUACUUUAUAAGCUUGACUUUAAAUUGUCAUUCUUCCGCGACUUGUAGGAGUUGCUUGAAUUAAUUGGCUUACUAAGGCAUCUUCGUCAAAGCAUUUGGAACAAAAGUUAGAAGGGCCACAUUUCUAACCAUAUUUUUUACAUUCAUGACUCGAGCACGCAAUGUCAUGGUUGCUACUGGUUUAGUUGCUUUCGCUGCAGCUGGCUUGGCAUUUCCCUUCUACAUGGCGUCGUCAAGGCAGCCUGAUGAUCCAUCAAAGCCGUUACCACCACGCACAUUUCGAGGCCCUUACAUAAACACUGGUUCGCGUGACGUUGGGCCUGAUCAUCAAACUUAUACAAAGAAAUAAAGCAGUUUGUGAAUGUUGCAUU